AUGGCUGCUCAGAGCUUCCUCGAUUUCGCUACCAACUCCGCUAAUCCUUACUACCUACAUCCAAACGAGAAUCCAGCUCUCGUUCUGGUUACUCCACCGCUCGAUGACAAAAAUUACCACACGUGGUCUCGCUCAAUGCAAAUCUCACUGAUUUCCAAGAACAAAGAUAAGUUCAUCGACGGUUCUCUUCCCAAACCUGCUGUUUCCGAUAUCCUCUUUGCGCCUUGGAUUCGUUGCAACACAAUGGUUCUUGCGUGGAUUCAACGCUCAAUUUCUGCAUCAAUUGCACGUUCGGUUCUCUGGAUUGACACAGCUGCAGGUGUAUGGAAGAAUUUGCAGGUUAGGUUUUCACAUAGCGACAUUUUCCGCAUAUCUGACAUUCAAGAAGAUCUCUACAAGUUUCGCCAAGGUACUUUAGAUGUGUCCAAUUACUUUACUCAAUUGAAGGUUCUGUGGGAUGAAUUGGAAACCUAUCGUCCAAUUCCAUCAUGUACUUGUGCUAUCCCUUGCUCUUGUGGUGCUUCUGCUUCGAUUCGUAGUUAUAGGGAUCAAGACUAUGUUAUUCGAUUCCUCAAGGGUUUGAAUGAGAAGUUCACUCAUUCCAAAAGCCAAAUCAUGAUGAUGAAUCCCUUACCUGACAUCGAUAAGGCUUUCUCAUUGGUGAUUCAGCAAGAACGAGAGAUGAAUUAUGCUAUAUCUGUUGUUGCACCUGUUGCUGGCAAUGCUGAUGAGAGCAUAGCUCUCAAUGUCUCUCAGGAUGCUCAGUCAAACAAGACUUAUCCUCACAAAGGAAAAUAUCAAGGUGUAGCUGGUGCAAGAGGCUCAAAUCGUAUCUGUACUCAUUGUGGAAGAACUAACCAUACCGUUGAUACUUGUUUUAUCAAGCAUGGGUACCCUCCAGGCUUCAAGAACAAGCCUAAAGGCAAUGGUUCUAGCUCUAAUUCUCAGCCUCAUACAGCAGCCAACAAUGCUUCAUAG